ACUCCGUUCACCUUCGCCGGUAAGGCUCUUCCAUUUUUUUCCUCUCGAUUUUGCUGAAUUAAAAAAAGAAGAAGAGAGAGCAUACAUUUAUUUAAAUUUUUCAUUAGAUUAAUAAUAUAGUAAACCCGUUGAGUGAGAGAAAGUGCCAAAGGAACACACAAUUAGGUUUAAUUUUGAUAGGUCGGAAAUGAGCGAGAGGGAGAGAGAAAGGGAUGAGGAGGAGGAUUGGGAGUUUAGCGAUAAGAGGAAGCAGAGGUUAACGAAGUUUGGGAAUAGGGACGAGGGUGAAUGUGAAGGUGUUGGUGAAGGUGAAGGUGAAGGUGAGGAUGGUAGCGGAAGAAGGAAGAGGAGUAUCAUUAGCAGAGGCGAUAGUGAUGAUUAUGAUUACGAUUCGCGUUCGAAGCAGAUGAUGAUGAAGAAGAGGCAAGAGGAGAGCACAUUGGAAAAAUUGAGAAGUUGGUAUGAGGAUGGAGAGUUGGAUGCAGGUGAUAAGAUGGGGAAGAAGCUUUCCUCUAACUCCAACUCCAACUCCAAAGAGGACUAUAGAUUUUCUGAUAAGAGUGAAAGCGGAGGUGGCGGCAGAGACAAGGUUCAUGGAUCUUCUGAGCAGGUCAAGAGUUCCAGAAGGAAAUGGGAUGAGGCUGACACUGUCAGUGUCAGGACAACACAAGAUAGUGUUUCUGAGAAAGGUGAUUUCAGGAGUUCUGAUGCUAAACGCGGUGAUGAUUCUAGGGCGACGAGUGGAUCUGCUAGAAAUGAGCAUGGGGAGAGUAAAACCUCUGGCAGUGAUAAGGUUUUCAAAUCCAAUGGUAAAGAAGAUAGAAGAGAUGAUUCUGAGAGAGGUAAGAGUAAAGGCAAUUCAGAACCGCUGGAUGUUUGUGGGGAUGAUAGAAUUGAGAGGCCUAGGCCCCACAGAACACCUGCCAGUUAUGAUGUGGCUGAAACUUGGGAUAGGCCGUUAAAUGCCGAUGAGGAUGGAAAUGUGCGGUUUAGGGAUAAAGCUACUCGAGAAACUGGGAACACAAACAGAUCGAGGACGCCUGAGAGGAGUGGAAAACGCCAUCAAGAUUCAGAAAACUCAGAGGUGGAUUGUGAAAGAAGUAGUAGCUUUAAAAUGAACGAAAUUGAAAAUGAUGGCUAUAAGGAUGAUAGAUCCAAAGGAAAAGACGAUACUUGGAAUGACAGAAAGAAGGAUCGGGAAAGUUCUAAAGAAAGUUGGAAAAGGAGGCAGCCGAGUAAUAUUGACAAAGAUUCAAAAAAUGAGGAUGGUGUUUUGGAUCACAACAUUGAAUCAUGGGAGUUGCCUAGACAUGGUCAUGAGAGGCCUGACAACGAAAGGCCUCAUGGUCGGUCUGGUGGUAGAAAAGAUGUAAGCAGGGGGGAAGCUGUUAAAACAUCAACAAAGUUUGGGAUUUCGAAUGACAAUUAUGAUGUGAUAGAGAUCCAGACCAGGUCCUUCGACUAUGGAAAAGCAGAAUUUGUAUCCAACCUAUCCAGGAGAACUGAAACUAGUCAACAGUACAAUGCUAAAUCAGGCGCUAAUAAUGAAGAAUGGGCAUAUCAUCAGGAUGAAAGAGCAAGAAAGAGUGAUUUUUCUCGUUCUGGGACACCUGGUGAAGAUCAGAAGGAGAAAUAUGCUGAUGAUGACUAUGAUUUUUAUGGGGGAAGAGGAAGAGGUCAGAAAGGUUUUGCAUCUGGUCGCAUUUCUGGUGGCCAAAGUUCUAGUAGUGGUGGCUCACAGCCUCAAUAUGGAAACCUUGAGUCUGGAUCCUUUAACAGAGCUGGUCCACAAGGACUAAAAGGGAACAGAGUUAGUAGAGGAGGAAGGAUUAGGCCCACUGGGAGAGACAAUCAGCAGGUUGGAAUGCCAUUGCCAAUGAUGGGGUCACCUUUUGGACCACUCGGCAUGCCUCCGCCUGGGCCAAUGCAGCCUCUUACCCAUGGUAUGUCACCUGCUCCUGGUCCUCCGAUUUCCCCUGGGGUCUUCAUUUCACCAUUUAAUCCAGCUGUUUGGCCUGGAGCUCGGGGUGUUGAUAUGAAUAUAAUAGGUGUUGCACCUGCAGUGUCUCCUGUACCCCCAGGACCUUCAGGCCCAAGAUUUAGUGCUGCUAACAUGGGGAACUCACCAAAUCCUGCAAUGUAUUAUAACCAAUCAGGCCCUGGAAGGGGAAUUCCCCCAGGCAUUUCUAGUCCUGGUUUUAAUCCUACUGGACCAAUGGCUCGGGGAACACCACCUGAUAAAACUCCGGGGGGAUGGGUUCCUCCUAAAAGUAGUGGAACUCUUGGUAAAGCUCCUUCCAGAGGGGAACAGAAUGAUUAUUCUCAAAACUUUGUUGACACUGGUAUGCGACCACAGAAUUUCAUUAGGGAGCUUGAGCUCACAAAUGUUGUGGAGGACUAUCCUAAGCUUAGGGAGCUUAUACAGAAAAAGGAUGAGAUUGUGGAGAAAUCUGCAUCUACUCCCAUGUAUUACAAAUGUGAUCUGAAAGAGUUUGAACUGUCUCCGGAGUUCUUUGGAACAAAGUUUGAUGUCAUUCUUAUAGAUCCCCCAUGGGAGGAGUACGUGCACCGUGCCCCUGGUGUUGCUGACCACAUGGAGUACUGGACAUUUGAAGAAAUAAUGAAUCUCAAGAUUGAGGCUAUAGCAGAUACACCUUCUUUCAUCUUCCUUUGGGUGGGUGACGCUGUAGGCCUUGAACAAGGUCGUCAAUGUCUAAAGAAGUGGGGAUUUCGUAGGUGCGAAGAUAUAUGUUGGGUAAAGACAAACAAAAGUAAUGCAACCCCAGGACUGCGGCAUGAUUCACAUACUUUAUUUCAACAUUCAAAGGAACAUUGCUUGAUGGGCAUAAAAGGAACUGUUCGUCGAAGUACUGAUGGCCAUAUAAUUCAUGCAAACAUUGAUACGGAUGUAAUCAUCGCCGAAGAACCUCCUUAUGGUUCAACACAAAAGCCUGAAGAUAUGUAUAGGAUUGUUGAGCACUUUGCCCUUGGAAGGAGGAGAAUUGAACUAUUUGGUGAAGACCACAAUAUCCGAGCCGGUUGGCUGACUGUUGGUAAAGAACUAUCAUCUUCCGAUUUUAAUAGAGAGGCUUAUGUUAAGAAUUUCGCUGACAAAGAUGGGAAAGUUUGGCAGGGAGGUGGAGGAAGAAAUCCACCUCCCGAGGCACCUCAUCUGGUGGUAACUACUCCUGAUAUAGAGGUUCUUAGGCCAAAGUCGCCAAUGAAGAACCAGCAACAACUGCAGCAGCAGCAAUCAUCAGUAUCCAUUUCUUUGACUCCAGCUAGCGCGUCAAACAGAAGACCUACCGGGAAUUCUCCACAGAAUCCAGCUGCACUGGGUGUUAAUCAAGACUCCUCUAGCUCAAACCCUUCUACUCCAGCUCCUUGGGCUUCACCUCUUGAGGGCUUUAAGGGACGUGAAGGCUCUAUAUUGCCUUCAGAUGAUAAAGUAGAUAUGUAUGGGUUUCAUGGACCAGCAACAGCAAGCUAUCUAGAUUUUGAAUCAUUUAGACAGAUGAAUAUGUUGUAGCAUAACUCUCAGGAUGAACUUGUAGGAUCA